AUGAUAAACUUAUCAGAUUCUCUGGAAUUUGAAUCUACUGGAAGUAACAAACAUUCCACAGACCAAAGCACCAAUUUCCCUCAAAAAUAUACACCUCGAUCCACAAAUCUUGAUAUUUCAAAUUUAUCGUCGACGGUUGAGCCAUCUUUCUUAGAGAAGGACUCUCAAAACCAAACACAAGUCAUUACAAAAAAUCGCCCUGGUAAAUUUUUUACAAGAAAUCACAGUGAAAUACCUAUAGAAGCCAAGCUUUACCAAAAGCAAAUUGCUGCAUCUAAGAGACUUGAAGAUUUAAAGAAAAAAAGAGAGGAAGAGCUGAAAGGACUUAUGCAAAAAAAGCCAAAAAUAUCCAAAAAAUCACAGGAAUUGGCUAAAAGAGUUGAAAUUAAACUUUUCUCACAAAUCCCUCUCCAAAUUGAUGAGAAAAAUACUAAAAUUAGAAAUAAUGAUGAAAAUGAGACAUUUAUACAUAACUUAACUUAACUUAUUAGGCUCUGUGUUUAAUGCCAUUCACGGGGUAACCCCUCCCAGAGCUUCCCGCUGCUUCUUCGCCGCAUAGGGCCCGCCGACCGUCUGGGGCCAGUCAGCCUCGAUCUCCAGUACGCGCCUCCGGAGCAGUGUUGCCGACUAAGGCGGCUCAUGCCUGAGCUACUUCGCUUGAGGACAUGGGUUGCCAUUCCGAAAAUCCAUAAAAAAUGGAUUUUCUGGUAGGCUUUCGGCAAAAAGGAAAAACACGAAGCCUGGGACGUAACGCCCAGUUUCACGCUAGGGAGUUGCCCGAUUGGGUCCUAACGGACUUGGCUGAGCUUCCCCUUUCCAACUUGCGUGCCUCCUUUCCCAUGAGGAAAAAACAUUCCCGAAAGUAGACUUGGGCUAGGCUCUGAGCACAACCAGAAUUGCUUACCUAGCAUUGCCGUCCGUUUCUGAAAUGCAAAACCUUGCCGGAUAUAAUUAAAAUAUGAGUCGAGUAUGCAUGGCCGAGAGGCCAUGCCCAGACGAAGACGCCAUAUUUUAAUUAUGACAUUUAUACAUAAACAAAAUGAUUUUUCAAAUUCAAAGCCUCAAGAAAAAUCAACUAUUUUCAGCAAUAUUUCAAAUACACCCUCAAAGUCUCCGUUUUUACGCGAAAAAGAGAGGUCUUUGUCUUCUCAAACACCAUUUUUCAAAGAUAUUCCACAACACCAAAAAUCCUCUCCAAGUGGUCCAAUAAUUCCUUUAGACAUUAGUGUUAUAAAGCCUAUUGAUAUUAUCCAAAAGCAAAAGCUUUUAAAGAAAAAAUUAUUAAAUUUGUCAGUGAUUGACAGAAACCAAACUUGGCUGAAACAAAAAAACGAAAAAAUAAGUAUUCAAGUCUCAGAAAAAGAAAAUAGCUUUAUUGAAGAAUGCACAUUUUCGCCUGUUAUUUAUUCCAGGGUUCCCCAUAAAUUGCAAAAAACAUCUGCUAAAGAAUUGCAUAGAAUAAGCAAAUCUAAAUGCAGCUCAGCAAAUAUAUCAAUGAUUGGUAGCACAACAUUAACAAGGGCGAAUUCAAUUAUGUCUCCUUUGAAUUCAGAUUGUUCAAGAAGCAGGAAAUUAUCUUCAAACAAUGGUCUAUUAGAAAAUCCAAAGCCAGCUAAGCGAUAUGCAUCAUUAACUCCUUGCCAAAUAAAAAUCUCAUUUAAAGCUGGCUGUGACAUAGAAAAUUUUUAUUGUCGUGCAAGAUAG